CGCCUUGUGUGUGUGUGUGUGUGUGUGUGGGUGCGCGUGUUUUUCUGUGAAUUUGUAGCGCUGUCUCAAGCCUUGUGGCUCCAGGCCCGUUGGUGCAUCUCCUCUCCCGCACCCGUGCCAGGCCACGACUUCGCGCUGUCCCCCUCCCUUGGCGCCCUGCAUGGUAGCCGCUGGCGUCUUUUUUUUCGUGGAGGAUGACGCGCGCUCCGAGACAUCGGACGAGGAGGAGAAGGAGGGGGACGAGGAGGAUGAGGAUGAGGAUGAGGAGGAGGAGUGGGGCCGCGACAGCGAGGAGGGCGGCGAGAAGGGCCACCGUCCCCUUGUCUCGCCGCGGCUGGCGGAGAAGCUCCAUCAGGUGGAGGCAGAGGACCUGUCGAACGUUCUCCGCAGGCUGGACAGCAUCCGGCAGCUGGCGGGUGACGCGCAGCUGAUCCGCCACCGGGAGGCCAGGGAGGAGACGGCGCGGCAGAUGGCCGUGGACCAGCUGUACUCCCUGCUGCUGGAGGAGGCCGGGUUCCAGGCGCAGGCGGUGAUGCAGCGCGGGCUGCUGGCCGUGCUCGAGGGCAUCAAGCAGAAGAGCGCCGAGGUCUUCUUCUUCAGCCCGAGGAGGCCCGCCGCGGCUGCGACGGCGGGCCGUCCCUGCAGCUUCGCGAGGGGAGCAUGCCGCGCAGGUUUGCCGAGCGGCUGCAGGUUACCCCGGAGCUGCUGGAGCGCAUGCUGGCCGAGCUGCAGACCUCACAGAUUCGGGACCUGGUCAGCAAGGUGGGCGAAUACCUGGCCUUCAAGCAGACCUCGUACCAGGUGAAGGCCGUGGAGGAGAAGGACGGCGCCCUGGUCAAGAACGCCACGGGCCUCGCCGUGUUCAAGAACUGGACCCUGGUCACGGACGCUCUCAGCCACUGCCUGUGGAAGGUGCUGACGAACUCGUUCAACGACGAGGGCAAUCACAAGGUGGAGUUGUUCGCAGGGCUCGUGGACAGCCCUGGCCUGCAGGACGGCCCCCUGCUGCAGGCCAGGUUCCGGAGCCCCAUGGGCGUCGUGGUCUGCGAGGAUAUCGGCGCCGCCUUCGUGGCGGACACCGACAACAACGCCGUGCGACGCAUCGACCUGCUGGAGGAGGUGGUCUCCACGCUGGACCUCUCGCCCGCGCCGUUCGUGAGGACGCUGCUGCGGGCGGAGCUGACCCGGCCCAAGGGGCUGUGCGCCAUCCGUGGCUCUCCCACCGUGCUCGCCUCGAUGGACUACCGCCAGAAGCGCGUGUGCGACGAGGUGCAGAAGCAGAUUGAUGCGCUUACGAUGCAGCAGAACGCAGGCAGCCUCAGCGGCGGCGAGGAGAGCUCCAGCUUCGGCUGCUCCACGGCGUCGAGCAGCUCGAGCUCCAGCAGCAGCGGCAGCAGCUGGGGAGUGUCCCGGAGCUCCGGCAGCCCAGCGAAGGGCGCGACGGUGCCGAAGAGCCUGGCGGCCCUCCGGGAGGAGCAGAUGACGCUGGAGCAGUCCCUCUCGGUGGUCCAGAUCAAGAGGUACGCGGUCCUGCAGGACAUGGAGGACCCGGCCGUCAGCCACGCCAGCAAGCCUCCGACGCCGCCCGCGGAGGGCGGCCGCGCGCGCAGCGACGUCUUCCCGCGGGGCGCCUCGUCCCGGCGGCUCAGCACGUCCUCCUCGCUGGGCUCGCCGCGUGCGGAGGAGGCGCCGGAGCAGGUCGCGCUGCGCCUGGCCAUCACGGCGGACCACUGCGUGUGGCUGGUGGACCCCGAGACGGGCCAGGCUCAGAUCAUCGCUGGCGACCCAGUCCAGUAUGGAUACUGCGAUGCGCCCCUCGGACUGGACGCGCGCUUCUCGUCGCCAAAGGGCAUCAUAAACGUCCGCUCCGCCCUGUUCGUCGCAGACUACUGGAACAACGUGGUGAGGUGCAUCAACCUCUAUACUUCGCAGGUGGACACCGUGAUGGAUUUCAAACCGCAGGGCCCCGUCGCCAUGUGCCUCUCCAGCUCCGGGGUGCUCUACACACUGGACAGCGAGGGCAUCCACCACGCGAACAUUCUCGGUAUAAUGUCCACCCAGUGCGGUGAUUCCUCUUCCGGAGUGCCAGGAGCCUCGCCGAGCAUGAAGUCUGAGUACCAGACCCUCUUCCCGAACCCCAGGACCCGGUCCGAAUCCGUGUACUCGGACUCCACGCUGGUGCACUCGGAGAUCUGGGACGCGGUGCGGCGGAAGAGCUGCGGGCGCGGGGGGUCCUCGGGUUACUCCUCGGCCGAGACCGCCUGCCCGCAGCCGCCCUCGGCGGACUCGGGGCCGCACUCGGAGGCCUCCGUGCCCGGGGACUUCCACAGCCGCCUCGAGGCGCACCUGCAGCGGGCGGCGGAGGGCCUCGAGGACGACCUGCAGCGGCGGAAGAACCGGCGCCUGAAGGCCCACGCGCGCAAGACCGCGG